AUGAAUCAGAAUUAUGGAACUAUGGAGACAAAUGAACCUUCUACCAAUGGUUUUUACAAUAAGAACACGAUAGAAAGCCAUUUGACCGAUCAAGAAAGACAACUGGCGGUUUCACCAAGAACUCAGGUUGAUCGACGGUCAGACAUGUCCUUGGAAGGAGUCUCAAAAGUACAAGCCAUUGCCUCUACUUGGUCAAGAAAAUCAGUUAUUAUUGCAUAUUUAGGCCUUUAUUUAUUAGCAUUUGCUUCUUCACUAGAGCAACAAACAACUGUUUCUCUACAAAGAUAUGCCACUAGCAAUUUUUCUGCUCAUUCUAAUUUGGCUACUAUCAAUCUCGUUAGCAAUAUACUCUUGGCCGUGGUUCGUGCUCCUAUGGUCAAAGCAGGUGAUGUAUUUGGUCGUACAGAAAGCAUAACUCUAGCUUUAUGCAUGGCUGUUUUUGGCUAUAUCCUCUUAGCCUGUUCACGAAACAUUGGAACGUUUACCCUUGCUUACAUCAUCUAUAUUUGUGGUCAAACCGGCAUUGGGAUACUCUCUCAGCUCAUUAUUGCUGAUACAUCUUCUCUGUUAAACAGGGGAAUUUUAUCCGCUAUUCCUGAACAGCCCUACCUUCUUACUGUCUGGAUGGGACCAGGCCUUGCCCAAGCAUUUCAUCCUGAGAGAGCCAUGGGUUGGAGAAUUGGAUACGGCAUAUGGGCCAUUAUACUUCCUAUAGUAUCUCUCCCUCUCUUACUUUCACUAUAUUCUAAUCAACAAAAAGCUAAAGCAGCCGGCCUAUACAGAGAACACCAUCAAUUUUUUAAUAAGUCUACUUUUUAUAACUUUUGGCAAGAAUUAGAUGGAGUCGGAAUUUUAUUAUUCAUUUCUGGAUUCGGGUUGUUCCUUCUUCCUUUUUCCCACUCUAGCACAGUUGUAUCUCCCGAUUCUAAUUUACUAACCUGCUUCACCAUGGGAUUGGGUCUACUUCUACUUAUUGCUCUCUGUGUUUAUGAUACCAAGUACGCUGUUUACCCGAUUUUUGCUUUGCGUUCUUUGAAAGAUCGCACUGUAUUGGGUGCGUGUUUCCUGAUUUUCUUGUACUUUAUGACCUAUUCCAUUUUUUCAAACUUUUUCACCUCGUACUUACAGGUAACGCAUGACCUUUCCAUAGACGUUAGUGGUUUAAUUGUCAAUGUGUUUAUAUUUUCCAUGACCACUUCCGCUAUUUGCUCUGGCUUCCUUAUGAAAAAGUUUGCACGUUUUAAAAUACUACUGAAGUUUUCUAUUCCUUUGUACCUUCUCGGACUUAUCGGUUACAUUCUUUUUGGAUUUGAUAAUGAAAAUAUAAAUAUUCGAAGGAUUGUUUUUAUGCUCUUUGUCGCUGGCGUUGGAGGCGGAUUACUUACUCUUAGUGCUCAGGUGGCAGUUCAAUCCGUGUCUUCGCAUACGAAGGUAGGCCAGAAUUUAACACUGUAUCUGACCUUUUCUUCUGUUGGAGGUGCCUUUGGGUCUGCUAUAGCAGGUGGUGUUUGGAGCAAGGAGCUUCCUUAUAGGUUACUUACAAGCCUAGAAGGAUUACUACCAGUUCCUGAAAUUGAGUCUAUUUUCCGAGAUUUACGAACAGCUCUGUCUUACCCUCAGGGCUCCCACAUAAGAAACUUAAUUAAUGAAUCGUAUUCUUCUACUCAGAAGGACUUGUUUCGAGUCUCCCUAAUUUUUUCAAUUUUAAUGAUUAUUGGUCUUUAUAUAAUUAGAGAUGUUUCUUUAUCCCCCGAAUCUCAAGACGAACCGGCUGAUUAA